AUGUCAUCUCUUUUUUCCCAUAGGAUAAACAUGGGAAAUGCUGACGAGGCAAUGUUAAUGGCAGAAGACUGUGGGCCUGAUUUGAUUAAUUCUCAGGAACUUAGGAGGCAGUGCAGCAUCAGCAGAAGCAGUUCAGCAUAUUAUCACUGUGAGGAGCAGGAAAGAGCACAUAUGAUAGACCACGAGAGUUUGGAUUAUUUGCCUUCACACAGUAAAGUUUAUAAGAAGUGGCUGCAAGAGAAAACAUACAGAAAAGAGUGGGAUCGAUGGCUGCUGAUGGGCCUAAUUGGAACAGCAGUUGGGAUGCUGGGGUUUUUGGUUCAUCAGAUAAUUGACUCUCUCAUCAAACUGAAAUGGGACCUGGUGGAAAAAUACCUGCAGGAUGGCAACAUCCACAUGACCUGGCUGUGUGUGCUUGCGUCUGGGCUGGCCAUGGUGGUGUUCUCUUCAGGCUCAGUGCUGUUCUUUUGCCCAGCAGGUUCACCAUCCGGCCUGCCAGAAAUCAUUGGGUAUUUGAAUGGCACUUCUAUUCAACAUCUUUUUAACAUUAAGACCUUUUUAGGGACAUUUGUCUCAUGUGUGCUGGCUGUAGCCUCUGGGCUCUUCUGUGGACCAGAAGGUCCCAUGAUCCAUUUGGGUGCUCUCCUGGGUUGUGGCCUGAGCCAGCUGCAGUCAGACACCCUUGGCAUGCACCUCCCGAUCUUCACCAGGUUUCGGAAUUCAGCUGAUAAGCGCAGUUUCAUUACGGCUGGUGCAGGAGCAGGCAUAGCUUCAGUAUUUCGUGCCCCCAUCGGUGGGCUCUUGUUCACAUUUGAAGAAGUGUCUUCAUUCUGGGACAUCAGGCUGGCCUGGCAAACCUUCUUCUGCUGCUUGAUGGCUACCUUCACCACAGAUUUACUGUCCUCUUCUCUCUAUGGGUUCGUUUACAGAGGUCACUUUGGAUUUUUUGAAGCAGAGAAAAGAAUUAUAUUUUGGGUUAAGAACUUGCUGGAUGUGAAUGUCUUGGCCUUCAUUCCGACCGUCCUCCUUGGAAUGCUUGGAGGUCUUCUCGGAGCUCUCUUUGUUUCCCUGAAUAUAAAGAUUAAUAAAUUACGUAUGCAGUUCUUUAAUUCAAUUCCAAAAUUAUCCCUUAGAAAAACAAGCAAGCUGCUGGAAACUGUGCUCAUCCUUGUAUGUACGACAACUGUUACAGUAUACUUACCGUACUUCUUUCCGUGUACUCCAGUCGCAAGUGUGAGAAACAGCUCUGAAAUCAUAAAACUGUUCAAGAGGGAAAUUUCAGAAUAUAGGUGUUCCUCAAGCACAUGGAUUGGUCCAGAUGGAAUCAGAUAUUCUAAUCAAACAUUCAAUCAAGCUGCUGCGCUUCUAGUUGAAAAUGGGAAGCAAGGGAUCACGUAUCUUUUUAAACGUGGGACGCAUGAAGAAUUUGGAUACUCAUCCCUCUGCACUGCUUUGGCAUUUUAUUUCAUCCUCAGCUGUUGGACAGCAGGUUCUGCUGUUGCCAGUGGUGUGGUUAUCCCUAUGCUGUACACAGGAGCUUUAUAUGGCAGGGUAAUAGGUUUGAUCCUUGUUUCCAUUUUUGGUGUUCAAACGAGUGAAUAUGGAGCAUGGAUUGAUCCAGGUCUCUUUGCUGCCAUUGGAGCUGCCUCCUUUUUCAGUGGCGUGUCAAGACUAACCAUCUCCCUCACAGUGAUAAUGGUAGAGAUCACAAAUGAUGUCCAGUCCUUGCUACUGAUAAUGCUGGCUGUCAUGGUGGCCAAGAUGGUUGGUGAUUUGUUCAAUGCAUCCCUGUACAGCUCUCUCCUGAAGCUGAAGUGCAUUCCCUACUUGGAUGUGGAACCUUUUGUUCAUCACAGGAGAAAAUGGUUGAACCUGGAAUUGUUCUCUGCCAGGGAUGUGAUGGAGCCUGGAGUCAAAGUCCUUCACCUGAAGGAAAACGUUGCCUCCUUGGCUCGGCUUCUUGCAAGUACAAGCCAUGGCGGAUUCCCAGUGGUUUGCAGGCUGAAGCCAGAACAUCCAGAGGUGUUCCAGGGAACUAUUAAAAGGUUUGAGCUGUGCAUGUUGCUGGAGAAUGAGCACAUCUUUGAACCAGAGACAAAUGACGAGUCUUUCUCCUCCUCUCAUCUUCUCUCCUAUGAGAAGAUAACAGUAGAGAAGCUGCCCAAUCUGUCGCGCCUAACCACGCUGCUGAAUCGCUACGCUACAGAUCCCCAGUAUCAGCAACUCUUCAUCAAUCUGGAGCCAUACAUAAACAGAUCUGCAAUGUCAGUCCAAGCUCAUUUCUCGCUGCAACGCACCUACAUCAUCUUUCGCACCCUGGGGCUGCGUCACCUCACUGUUGUUGAUUCACAGAACCAAGUGGUUGGGGUAAUCACCAGGAAGGACCUGAUGCCUUUCCCACUGGAGGAGAGGCUCAGGCUCCAGCUGGCACCACAGAGCCCUGAUGCAGGUGAGCAGACCCUGGAUUCAAGGCCAUGGAUGUGUUCUUAGGCUUUGUCACUUCCUUUUCAGCCCAU